AUGAUGGCGUGGGUACUGCUGUUCCUAUUGACAUUAAAAUUCGUCUCGAUAAGGCUCCAAGCAAGCGAUAUUCGAAAUACUUUGACGAAGUGGGUGGAACAAUUACUGUUUGAUCAAAUAAAAAAUGAAAUGCUUGCAGUAAAAAGAUUAUUGAUGAAAGCAUUGGAAAAUUCUUUACAGUUUUUCUUUAAAAUCUUCCAUAAAAUUGUUUUUCAACAUGAAUUGAAAUGGAAAUGUUCAAUUCAAAGUUCUGUUUUUCGUUGUGGUUUAGCUUAA